CUGGCCGCGUUUCAUCGCCGCAGUGGCGGACUGGGAAUGUUUUGGAAUCGUUAAAGAAGACGGCGACGACAAAAAAAAGAACGUGCAUUGCGAGGCGAGCCAGUUUGUGCGCUCUCUUAUAUGAGUGUUUUUAAAAAAUAAUUUAUGGGGAUUUGGGACAUUUGAGUCCGCAUCUGAAGUGGAGGAUGAGCCUCACGACGCGGGUCAAGGCCAGGCGAACCGAGGCCAGCCUCGGAGCCGAGAGGGACCAAUUCGACAAGCGGCAGCUAAGCAGCAUCAGCAAAGCCAUCAACUCCACCGAAACACCCGUGAAGGAGAAGCAUGCACGGCGUAUCAUCCUAGGCACUCACCGGGAGAAGGGGGCCUAUACCUUUUGGUCGUACGCUCUGGGCUUCCCCUUGGCCAACAGUUCCAUCCUCAGCUGGAAGUUCUGCCACGUGCUGCACAAAGUCCUGCGUGACGGCCACCGCAAUGUGUUACAAGAUUGCAUGCGACAUUUCAGUUCUAUUGUGGAACUCGGCCAGCUUUGGGGCAACCUGCACGAUCGAUACGGGCAGCUGGUUGCGCUGUACUCCAAGCUGCUCUGCACCAAAAUGAAGUUUCACAACAAGCACUCUGAAAUCCCCGCCAACUUGGAGGCUACCGACGAGGUGCUGGAGCGCACGGCGGGGACGGACAUCAACAACGUCUUUCAGCUCACCGUGGAGAUGUUUGAUUACAUGGAUGGAGAGUUGAAGUUGGCGGAGACAGUGCUGAGGCAACUCAACUCGUCCAUCGCCAUCUCCACGCUCACCUCGGGCCAGUGUCGUCUGUCGCCACUCAUCCAGGUCAUCCAGGACUGCAGUCAACUUUAUCACUUCAUGGUCAAGCUGCUGUUCAAGCUACACGCGUGUCUCCCCGCUGACACUUUACAAGGACACCGGGAUCGCUUCCGGGACCAGUUCCAGAGCCUCAAGACCUUCUUCAACAGAGCUAGAGAGAUGCUCUUCUUCAAGAGGCUCAUCCAAAUCCCCCGACUGCCUGAUUCACCACCCAACUUCCUGCACGCGGCCUCGCUGGCCAAGCACGUCAAGCUGGUGGUGGUCAUCCCCGACGAGGACGGCGACGACGAUGAUGACGAUGACCCCGAGCCGCUCAUCGACGUCAGCGACGCCGCUAGCUCGCAAGCCGCGCCGGAGCCCGACAUCUUCGAUCAGGCCUUUGGACCGCCCAACGGAGGCUUCGACGACAGGGAUCUCCAGAUUGAGAGCCUCAAGCGGGAUCUGGAGUUGUUGCGAGCCGAGCUGGAGAAGGUGAAAGCGGAGGCCCAGCGCUACAUCAUGCAGCUCAAGGCGCAGAUCAACAGCUUGGAGGCGGAGUUGGAGGAGCAGCGGUCUCAGAAGCAACGCGCGCUAGUGGAAAACGAGCAGCUCCGCCUGGCUCUGGAGGCGGCGCGUCGCCGCAUCACCGAGCACGAGAGCCUGCAGAGCACCUUCAUCGAGGCGGAACAAAGAGCCCAGGCUACAGAACAACGCUACACGAAGCUGAAAGAGAAGCACACGGAGUUGGUGGCCAGCCAUGCUGAACUACUUCGCAAGAGUGCCGACACAGUGAAGAUGCUGUCUGCCACCCAGCAAACUCAGGAGGAGGUGGCGAGGACCAGACAGCAGCUGGCCUUUGAGGUGGAUCGGAUACGGCAGGAAGCAGACAUGAAGGUGGAGGAGCAGAAAUUUGAGAUGGAGAAGCUGAGGAGAGAACUGGUAGAGAAGAUGGCGGAAAUAACCCGCAUCAAGGCCACCCUGCAGAGCAGUGAGAUGUCCUCUGCUCAAGUCAACAACACCAUGGUCGCCAUGCAGGCGGAGAAGGAGCGUCUGAUGCGCUCGGUGAGCGAGAAGGAGGCCGAGCUUUCCGCCGUCCGCCAGACUGCGCAGCUGCAGCAAUCCACCGUCCAGCAAGAGAAAGACAAGAACAGCAGGGAACUUAACGAGCUGCAGGCCAGACUGGAGGAGAAGGCCAGACAGGAGGAGCUGCUGAAGCAGAAGCUCCUGGACGAGCAGUUCGCGUUGCUGCAGGGCACCGUCACAGAAGCCGAGAACAUCAUUCAAGAUGCCGUGGCCAAGCUGGACGAUCCCCUCCACAUCCGAUGCACCAGCUCCCCAGAUUAUUUAAUCAGUCGAGCAGAGGUGGCACUGAGCUCCGUGGAUAAAGUGAAAAUAGGUCAAGCGGAGUACGUGAAAGACAUGAAGGACGCUGGAGCGCUGCUGAGGUCGCUGACUCACUUCUCCCACGCAGCCGCCGACACCAUCACCAAUGGCAGCGCCACCGCACACAUGGCGCCAACUGACCACGCAGACAAACUGACGGAGAACUGCAGAAGCUGCGCCACUCAGAUUUUGCAGUACCUGAGUGAGCUCAAGUCCAAGAGCACGCUGCAGAGGGCCGACCCAGCCUCCAUUCAAGUCAUCAUCCACAAGAUCCUACGUCUGGGCCAGGAGCUGCGACCAAAAGGCAUGGACAUCCGCCAAGAUGAGCUGGGGGAUAUGGUUGACAAGGAAAUGGCCGCCACCUCGGCGGCCAUCGAGGAGGCCGUCCGCAGGAUUGAUGAAGUGAUGAAUCAGGCUCGAAAGGACACGUCGGGAAUUAAACUGGAAGUCAAUGAAAGGAUCCUCAACAGUUGCACAGACCUCAUGAAGGCUAUCCGAAUGCUGGUCCUUUCUUCCACGGAACUGCAGAAGGAGAUCGUGGAGAGCGGCAGGGGCGCUGCCUCCAUCAAAGAGUUCUACGCCAGGAACUCUCGCUGGACCGAGGGGCUGAUCUCUGCGGCCAAGGCGGUGGGCUGGGGGGCCACAGAGAUGGUGGAGUCUGCUGACAAGGUGGUGCUGCACACAGGCAAAUAUGAAGAGUUGAUUGUCUGCUCCCACGAGAUUGCUGCCAGUACUGCACAACUGGUCGCUGCCUCCAAGGUGAAAGCAGAUCGUCACAGCAAGAGGCUGACGGUGCUCCAGCAGGCCUCGCGCCUGGUCAACGAAAUGGCCGCCAAAGUGGUGGGCUCCACCAGGACGGGACAGGACAACCUGGAGGACAAGGAUCCCAUGGACUUCUCUGGGUUGUCGCUCAUCAAGUUGAAAAAAGAAGAAAUGGAGUCGCAGGUGAAGGUGCUGGAGCUGGAGUCUCUGCUGGAAAACGAGCAUCUGCGUCUGGGCAUGCUGAGGAAGCAGCAUUACUCUCUGGCCGGCGUGCCGCUGGACCAGCUCCAGCUGGCCGACGUUGAUGGCAACGACGACCCCGCCUCGCUGGUAUCCAUGCCACCCAAGUUCAACAAGCCGGCGCUCAUGAAGAAGCCCGCGCUGGCCCAGAAGCCCAAUCCCCUGCUCAAGUCUCCCUUCAAGUGAAAGCAGAAGCACAAAGAUGUGACAUCGUUGUCGUCAUCACGGAACGUAAAAUGCCUUAUGAGGAGAAGAGGGGAGAAAAACCCGCGUAUAGGUUGCUUGCUGACAAUCUUGCUCUUUUUUUGAUGUCAUUUGCUUUCGCCAAAAUGGAACAGAAGCUGCACAUUGUUUUUCAUUAAUGCCUAUAUAUUACAACAGCCUAUUCGAUUUUCAAAUUUGGCAACCUAAUCAACAAAGUUUAUUUUUCCACUGCGUUCAGUAUUUUAAGACAUGGUAAAAAUUCUAGAUGCUGCUUUGAGAAUGAGUUAUCGGAACCUUUUUUUUUUUUCUUUCACACACCACCCUCGUUGUCUUCAUGUUGAACAGUUUUCAUUUCAGUUGUUAGCUCAGAGGCCUUGGAAUGUGCUGGACUGAUGUUUUACUUAAUCAUACUGAUCAUAAUAAUAAUUCAUGUAAAGCCAUCCAGUUGUACAGCAAUUCCCAGCAAGAAUAAUCUAUAGAGUUCAUCUCGAAUGGAUACAUGCUGUACACGCCAAUUACAUGUAGUAGCUUCUAGGAUGAAUGUGGAUGUUUAUCACCUCUGGGAGUUUUUCCUACAGGGUACUUGGAAGGAUUAUUAUUGCAUCAUUUUAUGCUGUUCUAUUCUUUUUGAUAUGCUCCCAAAUCUAGUUGGAAAUACUAUAUUUUAACGAAGGUGUGUGUUCUGAUACCAAAUGUAAAUGCCCAGCAGAUUAAAUAAAUGUUUAAUUCUAA